AUGGCGGGGGAACGGUGGUACGACGGUCUUCAUAAAGGGUACGACAAAGAGCAUCGUGCGCGGGACAUUGAGAAUAACGGGGAACUAACACCUAUGCGCAUGAGGGGUCAUAGUGCCCACGACUGGCCGUGCGACGAGCGGUAUGAGCCAUACUUCGAGAGAUUGGGCCUUCUCCCGUUCGUGCUUCAGUUCAAGCGACACGCUCCGUCGAUCAACCAUGGGGCGAUGACCGCACUUAUUGACCGUUGGAGGCCAGAGACACACUCGUUCCACUUGUCAUGUGGAGAGAUGACCGUGACCUUGGAGGACAUGGCGAUGAUCAGUGGCCUUCCAAUCAAUGGAGAAGCUUUGACCGGCAGCACCGUAAGUGCUAAUUGGCGAGAUCGUGUUGGCCAAUUGACAGGUGUUUUCCCUGAGCCUCCUGAAGAAGGCGAGCGUGAUAGUGAGAAAGUGUUGCAUCAUUGGCUCCGAGGGGGGAGAGGAGUAGUAUGCCCUCCGGACGCCAAUGAGGUUGUUGUGCAGCAGCACGCCCGAGCAUAUCUGUGGUAUCUGUUAACGAUGGUAGUGUCUCCAGAUUCUACCGGUAAUAAAGCCCAGUGGAUAUUCUUGGACCUACUAAGUGACUGGGACCGUAAGUACAGUUGGGGUUCAGGAGCACUAGCAUACUUAUAUCGUCAGCUCGACGAGGCAUGUCGUAGGAAGGAGGGCACAUCUGGUAUGGGUGGCUUUGUUUGGUGCCUUCAGGUUUGGAUGUGGGAGCGGAUGCCCGUUGGACGCCCCGAGAAAAACAAGACACCUCCUGAAGGAUGGGUCGCACAUGUCGGUAGGUAUGGAGAAGAUCCUUGGCGGUUUCCGACCGUUGCCUACUGUUGGGAGAUGGCGAAUGUGUACACAGGCAGCUCGGUUGCGCGAUACAAAUGCUACAUCAACGAGCUGGAUAAGUUGACUCAUAAGCAGGUCGAUUGGAUGCCAUAUGAUGCCGAUUAUGCUUUCCGGCUGAACGAGAUGUGCACACGUGACAGGAAUAUUUGGCGGGCGAGAUGCCCACUGAUAUGCUUCUAUGCUGUCGAGUGGCACUACCAAGACCGUGUCGCAAGACAAUUUGGGAGAAGGCAAGGGACACCAAGGGAUGAGAGUUUCGAGACAAGCCAAUUUCUGCAUCGAAUUAGUCGAAAGAAUAACCCGGAAACUUCGACUUGGGCCAUCAAGCACUCCGAGUGGGUAGAUUUGUGGAAUCAAAGAGUGGCCCUAGUGGAGAAGGAAAGAAGACAACAUAGUGAUUCAGUAUACGAAGAGCAUCUGAAGUGGCUUGCGGGACGUUACCGGUUGAAGCUAAAGCCCGGUUGGAACCGUUCGAAAUUGGAAGAGUUGGAUCGUGAGAGCGGGUAUAUGGACUUCAAUGUACAAACGAGAGACAACGAAGGGACACAACUUGACUAUGCACAACUACACGACCGAGUGGACAUGGAGUUAUUGCAUUGUAUUAACGAGGCUGGUGUAGCACUUGGUGAAGAUGAGGGAAGUGGAUCAUCUGAGAAAUCUCUUAGGAAAAUAAUGAAGAGUUUCAUGAGUCGAUUCCACAAGAUGGCAGCUAUGCUCUCUUGCCAUGGAAGUAAAGCCGUCCUCACGGCUGGAGCUUCUACUAGCCGGGACAAUAAACGGCGUCGUCGUCUUGUCUUGCAACAGGAACAACAAGAGCAGCAACUGCAAGAAGAGCCAGAGCAAGAGGAGGCGCAGCAAGAUGAACAGGAGUACAAUCAAGACGAAGAGGAGGUGCUUGGGAUGUCCCAAAUGGAUGAUGCGUCUGAGCCAUCACAGCCCACACAACGCACGCCGCGCAGCAAAAGAGGAAGGAAGAAGUGA